AUGGACAAUGAACUUGACUCGCUACGUCGUCGGAGGACACAUCACCGCCAUACAUUCCCAGUACAAGAGCCACGGUUUUCCUCGGCACUGGGUUCUGUCAAAGACUUCCUGACUCCCCUUUUUCCAACUGCGGGUAGUCGACAGAAAGAAGACACAGAAUUGGGGAUGAGUUUACUGCGUUCGGGCGAGUCAACAUCUCAUGAGAACAUCGAUCCCGUCGACCACAGUCCGGCGACUAGGGAAGAAAGCGACUCUUAUCAGCCCGGAGGAUCAACGGAACAGCCAUCGCACUCUGCUUCAGAACCUCAACCGAGUGUCCCGGAAGCCCAAUCGGAGAAUGUUCCCAUCAAUUCAGAAGCAAACCAUCGCUUACCGGAAGCUGGAUCAACGGAACAGCCAUCGUACUCUACCUUAGAGUCUCAACCGAGUAGAUCCGAAGCCCAACCGGACAAUGUUUCGAGGAAUUCAGAAGCAAGCCAUCGCUCACCGAAAGCAAAACACAUCACGAGAAGCCGCUGGGCCCAGUACGGUCAUGGGUGGCUCAUCCAUGCACCUGCCUUGUUCAUGACCAUAGCCAUUGUUGUCAUUGGCUCUCGAGACUUCUAUUGGUAUCCCGAAAAUGGACCUCUCAUCAGGGACUACCGCAUCGAUGCUGAUACCAUCAGCAACGUUUUACAACUUGUAGCCAAGAUACACGAGCUUCUCAUUAUCGCAUCGAUGUCCUCGUUAGCUCUAGCUAUGUUCCGUCGAUGUUUAGUUACCCAGAGCGUUGGCUUAGGGUUCUUAACAGGUAGCUACCGGAUUGGAGACCUUGCGUACAUUGGAUCCACAGCAUUCUGGCGUCAGGGUAUUGACUUGUCGAACCCCUGGGGAAUUCUUUUGCCUGCCUUCGUUGUGUUUGCCACACUCAUGUCAACCAUAGUUGGGCCUGCUUCUGCUGUUUUAUUAGUACCAACGCUUGCUUGGUAUAACAUCGAUGCUUCUGUGGCUUUCAGUAAAGUCAAGCUUCCGCUUGUAUACGCAUGGAAUAAGGAUAAUGUUUGGCUCCCGGCUCGCCUCGAUGCGCCUGAUAUAUGCGACGGAGUCGAAGGCAUAUACCUCCCUUACUGUCCCGCUGGAGGAUAUUCAGAGAUAUCAAGCUGGCUCCUAGACUACGCUGCUACGGACUUGACGAACAACCUUACGUUUCAUUCUCCGUCCGCUGAAUUACGGAGGCAACUCGUUUUCACCCAGGCCAACUACACCCAGGACACCAGCUCGGUCACUCUCUGCACUAGCCCUCUGCAUUUCCUCACAGGUAGUAUGGGCCUUUUACAGAAGUACAUCGAUAGCUCAGAUGUUGGUCAGUUAUCUAAGGAACCCAGAUACCGCCUUCAAACUGUGACCAGGAACCCUAGCGAAUCAGCGUCACAGAAUGAGUCGAUACUGUACCAGGCAUUGAUACAAUCCAAAUGCACAAUUCACGACAAGGAUGCAUUGAUUGAGGACAAAAAUCCUGUUUAUUAUCCUGUUCAAUCCCUUAAUUGCUUCGGUGACAACCUUUGCAAAAAGAUCCAAGCUGGCAGACCCAAGUUCGGCAAAAAUUGGCUGACAGACCACAAAUUUGACAACCAGUCAGUUUCCAGCACAUUUUUCGUGUGGCAACCCAAUGAUCCUACUGUAUUUAUAGAUGGGCAAAUUCCUGAUGCUUUAUUCGGAAAGCCGAAAGCCAUUAUCUUUCUGUGCAACUUACACGCAAGCUGGAUUCGGUCGAAUUUCUCUGUGGAUGCUAGCUUUAGCGAUGCAUUGCAAUCAUCGCUCAGUAACAAAAGUCACAUGAGGGACUUGUUCCACAACAAAAGUUUCGAAGACGCGAAGACUUUUAGGUUUCAUAAACGUUGGUUCGAGGCACUCAAUCCAGGUGUGAACGGCACAUUACCGGCAGUGAAUCGCCUUGUCCAGAACUUUUCUUCUAAAGAGAAGCAGAAUGGCACCACAUUACCGGCGAUGGCACCCAGCAAGGAUAACGAUACCGCAGCUGAGAUAUUCUUAGCAAAAGUCUUUGGGGUCUAUCUCACUGAAGGAUUGUCCCGGAGCACAUAUCCAUACAGAAGUACACGUCUGGUAUUGAAGAACAUCAAGGAUCAACUCGAAUAUAUAGACCUCGAUCAGAAGUACGGAAACCGUGGCGGCAGGCACGUGUUAACAGCUUCCAACGAUACGGGGUUCUAUCUAGACAAAUGGAACAAUCGGACCGACAAGAAGAAUGGAACUUUGGAAGAUUUCACCAAAAAUGAAUUACAUAUUCAUUUGACCACCCAGCGGCAUGGAUACGGGUCCGGUCAAAAACGUCCCACGCUGCUAUGGGCUCAAGCCGUCAUGUUCAUUUAUCUGGGCAUCAUCGCAACCUAUGGUUUGUGUAUAGGUUGCAUGAGUCUAGCCGAGCUCUUUGAAAUCAAGGUGGGCGAAAAGCCAAUACGUGUCUUGAGUAUUAUACCCUGGUCAGACUUGCAGGACCUAAUACUUCUCGCACUGAGAACGCCGGUUCCGGAGGACGAGGAUCUGGUAGAUGCUGGGGCAGGCGCCACAUCUAGCAAGGCCUGGGAGAAGACCGUUUGGGCUGGAGCGGAUAGCGAUCUCAAAGUGCAGUUGAUGUUUGGAGAGCCUGAAGGGGAAAAAAGGUUGAAUUUGAACCACCAGAAGCAGUACUUUUAG